UCAAACAAUCCAUCAAAAUAUAUUUACAAACUAAGUAUAGCAGAUAUUACCUAUGAUGAAUUUUAUAGCAAACAAAUGCAUUAUACGAUUUGGACAACGGAAAAUACCACAUCGAAUUUCUGUUAGCCCAACCUUUUUGUUAGAUAAAGACGUUCAAGAGGAAAAAUGUAAAAAGUCUACACAUAAACUUCAACCUUUCUACACGACUACAAAAAUAACUUCGUUUGGAUUAAUUAAUUGGACGCAAAUACGAUAUCACAAAAUCAAUCCUUACUAUCUACAUCGUGACAUCAAGUUUCCGAAUUUCGAUUAUGAUAGAAAGAAACAAUUUAAAGAUGUAAACAAGACGACAUGGCACUCCGGAGAUAAUAAGAUAGGAAUGCUAUAUGCCAUCGGAUUCUUUGGUAUGAUGUGCGGAGCAUACGGUACAAAAGCUAAUAUACUUUACUGCGUGUAUACUAUGGGGGCUCCAGCUGAUGUUAUCGCUAUGUCUGUGAUAGAACUCGAUAUAUCGAAAGUUACGCCUGGACAAUGUCUUUCAGUAAAAUGGCGAGGGAAGCCACUUUUUGUGAAGUACAGGACCCAGUCUGACAUCGCCUUGGAAGCCAAAACGCCUUUGUCUUCUUUGAGAGAUCCCGAAACUCCAGAGCAACGUACGAUAAAGCCUCAGUGGCUUGUGGUUAUAGGCAUUUGUACUCAUCUAGGUUGUGUCCCAGUACCGAAUUCAGGUGACUGGGCCGGCGGAUUUUAUUGUCCUUGUCAUGGCAGUCAUUUUGACAACGUGGGACGGGCACGCAAAGGACCAGCGCCAACCAAUUUAGCGAUUCCACCUUACAAGUUUCUUACAGAUACACUUUUAUUAGUAGGUUAGAAAAAAAUCUGUAAAAUGUUUUCUUUUUGACAUUAAUACAUAUUUGUUUGAAAGUA